UUCGGGCGCACGCCGAAUCAUCCAUUGUCGCCACCUCGCCCAGGUCGCAUCCGUCUCCUUUGCCCGCUCCCGCUCAUAACGCGACUGUCCUAGCGGAUCCCAGAGAGUCUCGGAGAGUCCCAGCACCGCUUGCGCCUCCUCACCUGCCGCAAUGACGCCGCCCGACUUCCUACUGCGUGUGCCGCCGCUUAAGCUCCAUGUGCGCAACGCGACUCAAACCAACGGGGAACCAGCCGUGUACGAGCUAUUCUGUCGCCUCAAUAAAACGCGAGAGAAGCAGGACGAGCCCGUCGAGGUGACGCAGUGGAGUCUCUGGAAAACGUACGAGGAGUUCCAGGCUUUCGACAACCAGAUGCGUGCGACUCGCAAUUCGCCUUUCUCGAAGAUGAUGGUCACUGUUGCAUUUGCUCCCGUUCACCGUGUACGCGCCUUCUUCCACCAGGAUCAGACGUCCAGUUUCCUUGAGAAACGUCGUGCUGAGCUGGACUUUUACAUGCAAAGAGUGAUGCUCUUUCCAGACGUUGUGGAGUUCUCCAAGCGCGGAGGCUGCAAGGUUCUGGCGGACUUUAUCGGGGCUGACCAGCUCAUGGACUGCUGUGGAUUGGUGUCGCCUAGUAUGAACAUGUCGGGAGUUUUCUCGUCGUCGAGGGGAAUGCUGCGUGACUCUACGGAUUCAGACACCCGCGCGUCGUAUGCCAGUGCUACAGGAACGGGAGAUAAGAUCAGCUCGCGACGUAAGAUGUGCAGGAUGGAGAUCGAGGAAGAGCUCGCUCUACGUGGAGGAGCACACGAGCUUAAGCGGUUUAAGAAACGUGCACGUGUCUUCCGUAAGGAGAACGACCCCGUUGCCGCUGCGAACCCAUUUGUGGAGUUUGUAAACGAGGAAUAUGAUCCGGAAUUCGCGAUGUGGAUUCUGCAGCGCUUUGUACGCUCAAUCAAGAGCAUCGAGAAGCGUGAGGCGCUCUGUACUGCCGGUGGCAUUUCGGCCGAAUCGAUCGACGCUGAGGACUCAGGGGAGAACAGACCACAGCGACAGAAUCACCGCUUUAGCGUGCAAGAAGACGAGGACGCUGAUCGACGAUCCAAGAAAUAUGGUACGUUAGCAAAGUGA